AUGUCGCUCGCGUCCAAGGCGUUCUUCGGCUUCUCGAUGCUGUUUACGGGCGGCACUAUCUGGGCCGUGCACUACAUGCAGCAGCAGGAGAGUGAGAACAUGUACCAGGGCGUGAUCAAGGACGAGGAGCGCCUCCGCGAGAAGGCGCUGAAGAAGGUACAGCAGCCCGCGGCGGUUGUUGACGAGGACUGCGUGACGUGUGUCGUCUCGCCGCCGCCGCAGCUGCUCGAGGCGCAGAGCAAGGAGCAGCGCGCGGCAGAGCGCCAGACUCGUCUGGAGGAGUAUGAGGCGCAGAAGGGCCUCGCGCAGCGUCUGUCACGACAGGCUCAGGCCGCCCAUGAACCCGCCCAGGCUGUCCAGGCUGCUCAGACGGAGCAGCGUCUCGUCUAG